GCCCAAUCUUCGUCAAUAUAAACAAUGUGAAGCAUUAUGCCUCAAGGGUUUUCUGCUAGCCUCACACACCAUCUUCUUUCAAGAGCGGUCUACCAUCGAAACCAGCCUUUGAGCUAAAUCAGCCGCAUUUCACCGGGAUGGCUAGAGGGUUGAAGAAACAUUUGAAGAGGCUCAAUGCCCCUAGGCAUUGGAUGCUUGACAAACUGGGUGGUGCCUUUGCUCCAAAGCCAUCAUCUGGACCACACAAAUCCAGGGAAUGCUUACCACUGAUUCUCAUUCUCCGAAACAGAUUGAAGUAUGCUCUCACAUACAGAGAAGUUAUUUCUAUUCUCAUGCAGAGGCAUGUUAUGGUGGAUGGGAAGGUUCGCACAGAUAAGACCUAUCCUGCUGGUUUCAUGGAUGUUGUGUCCAUUCCUAAAACAAAUGAGGACUUCCGUCUCCUUUAUGACACCAAAGGACGUUUCCGUCUUCAUGCCAUCACUGGUGAUGAAACCAAGUUUAAGCUGUGCAAGGUUCGAUCUGUCCAAUUUGGCCAGAAAGGUAUUCCAUACCUCAAUACAUAUGAUGGGCGUACUAUCCGCUACCCGGAUCCUCUUAUAAAGGCUAAUGACACCAUCAAACUGGACCUCGAGAGCAACAAAAUUGUUGAUUUCAUUAAGUUUGAUGUUGGAAAUGUUGUCAUGGUGACUGGAGGAAGGAACAGAGGCCGUGUUGGAGUGAUUAAGAACAGAGAGAAGCACAAGGGUAGCUUCGAGACUAUCCAUGUUCAAGAUGCUGCUGGGCACGAGUUUGCAACUCGUCUGGGCAACGUCUUCACCAUUGGAAAAGGAACAAGGCCAUGGUUAUCCCUUCCCAAGGGCAAGGGUAUCAAGUUAUCAAUCAUUGAGGAAGCUAGGAAGAGGCUUGCAGCACAAAAUGCUGCUUGAACAUUAGCAUACGAUAUCCAGAAAUGUUUUGCUGCUGUAGUUUGUUCUGGAGUUGAUAGAUUGCUUGUUUUCUGUUAUGAGUAAAAUUUUGAGGACUUUUUUCUUGCAA